CGUAGAUUCACCUUGAUCAACUCUAGACAUAAUUUCCCUCAACACUGUCUUCUCCCCAUCAUUUUCUGCUACGAUCAAAUCCAUCGCUAUCCGCUGGCAGCCGCCUAUGGUGACUCUGUGAAUCGACUUCUCAUUCCUUUAUCCCAGUACUGCUCCAGUCACGAUUUCGUCUCCACCGACAGCUCACCGGUUCCCGACCCUUUCAACUCACCGGUCCCGACAUUUCCAACACCCGACAGCCGCGUGACCUCCUCUCUUUGAGUCGAACCGGAUGUGCUCUGUUCAUGGUCAUUGCUGAGCAGAAAGAGUUGGGAAAUACAAUCAGCCCAAAGUUGCAGGACUUCAUCCUGUAUCUCGGAGACCCUCUCCGCAUCUGCCUCUGCGCGCGCAGAGAGCGGAGAAUCAACAACCCAGCUAGACAAAUUUUCGGGAUCCCAUCUUCAUCAUGCCUUGCUUCAAAGGUCUCGCCGUGAGCAUACAUACUCCAAAUGGACCACUGCCAGAAUACUCGGUGCAGAAAGCCUCGCGCUUAUCCAGGAUCAGCACCUUCAUCCCUGUACCACCCGCGAAAGUCCCGGCCGACUCAGUGACGGGCAAACCUGAACAAUCUACUUUUGCAAUUUCUAUCACACUACUGACUCCCAGUCAAGAAGUCCCUUACUCUACCCCGAAACCUACACCGGAGAACCCAGACCCCAAGCCCAAAUUGGUUGGAGGGUUACCCGGCAUUGGUAGCGAACGCGGAAAGUACACUGGCACGAUCGGGCCCUAUGUCCCUUUGACCACCUCUCCAAACGAGACGAUCGCAGCCUACAUCUACUUUGAUGGCCGAGCAAAGGAGGAGGUUGCAACACUGCUUAGGAAGGGCGAGGAGACGUGGGUCAAUAGUCGAUGGGUCAGUGUGCCUGACAAAGAAGGUGGUGGUCUGGCAGAGCGAGAGUUCUUGUUUCGUGAAGUCGGCCUUGAGCGAUGGCUGAAUGGUUUGGACCUUGACGGCAAAGAUGCCGCCGCGACGAUCGAAAGACGACGACAAAAACUAGAAAAGAAGAUGGAAAAGAGAAGAAGAAAGCGGAAAGAGACCGUCGGUAGUGACGACGAGGCCAAUGGAGAUUCCAAAGAUUCACGGCGAAAGAGCACCCUGCGAUACGGCGAGAAUGGCGAAGUGCAGGAUGUCUCCGACGACGAAGGAUCCUUCAGUGACAGUGGAUCAUCCGAAGAGGAUGACGAUCCCAUCCCAGAAGCAGCAGGUCAGAUCAAGGUCGCCCUCUUCCGCGUGUUGGCUUCUGGAGAGAUCAAGCGGGGAGAAUACUCGCCUCAAUUUGACGCGCAUGACGAUUCCGAAGAGUCAGGCGGUGAAGGCGCAGCCGCCAAUGGUGAGGGCAAGAAUCGAGCCGAUGUUGACCAUACAACUAGUUUUGCGAAGCCCAAGACUUUGGAUCCUAAGACGAUCUCGACUCAAACUGUUACCGGCAUCGAUCCCACGGACAAACCUUAUGCUGUUUUCACCUUCCUAUACCGAGGAGAGCGUCAACUACAGAAGAUGGGUAUUUUACCGACACCGAAAUCCGAGAAAGCACCUUCGAGCGCAAAGCGACGCAGCAUAGCCGCCGAGUUGCCCAAGCUGGGACCUCUGAAGAAAGAAGGCGCGGCCGGCUUUUCAGGCUUCCGAGAUGCCGGAGCACGACGGGCCCGGAAAAACAAGCGAGGCAGCGAUGACGAGAUGGACAGCGAUAGUGGCGAUGAGCAUGGUGGCAUCAUUGGCAAAAUGGAAGAUAUCAACGAUGCAGACGUGAAGCGUGAUCCCAACAUGCUCGGUCCAGAAGAUGCUGAGCGCGCAGGUCAAGUUGCAGAAGGGAUCCGCAAGAUGAAGCUCAAAAGACAGCAUUCGGCAGAACCGCUGAACAGUAACGGCAUCACUGAAGCCCGCAAGAGCUCCAAAUCUGGCAGUCCCUCGACAGCAUCGACGCCAAAGAUUGGUGGCGACGAGCUGGGAACUUCACCCGGCACCUCCAAUCUCGGCAACUCAGCAGGUCCAAAUUCGAAGCAGGAAGAAGAUGAAAGCUUCAUGGUCGGAAGUCCGAUGAAGAGACAACGAGCCAGUGUCGCGGAAUUCGACGCUGACAUUCAAAGCCGCUUGACCGGCGCUAUGCCGACAUCUGCAGGAGCCAUCAGCGAGGUCCUGGGAACUUCAGGACAAUCUCAAGCAGCUAGCACGAGCGCCGCUCCCUCCGGCUUACAGUUCGGUGGCACAUUACAGAAACAGCCGGCUGCUGAUGACGACGAGGAACUAUGACGAGCGUGCCAUCAGCGUUACUCGAGUCAAGUUAUGAACAUCGACGACCUCUCCCUGGGUGUUCUCUUCACUACAAUUCAAAAGCUGACUUGCUCAGAAGUCGGGCAUAUUCAAGCACUUUUGCCAGCAUUGGAGGUUGGAAAUUCGAGCAUAUCAAGUUGUUUUUAUGGAAGCACACCUGGCGCUUACCAUGAGCCUGGGUGUUUGUCACAGGUUGUUGAGCAGAGCUUGUUGGCCGAAAUCAGAGGGCAGAUGUCUCCGACGGACGAAAGGUUUCUCGAGCGGAUGUGCCUGAGAAGGCUCUCGAAGCCACGGGAGGUCGUCUGAUGCCCUGUCGUCGGCAAGAAAUGGUAUGGUAGGAGCACGAAGGAACCGACCAAACCCAGAGUCCGAAGGCAUGGAAUAGUGUCUCAGGAGCCUCCGUUGCUGGCUCAAUUGCAGGGUUUCUGUACCACUAGAUGCCAAUUGUUGAGGACGAAAAGAAAUACGAGACAACUCGAUCCAAACUAUGAAUUGCACAUUGUUCACGAC